ACCCGCGCUGCACGCUCAAUCCCGACUCCACCGCCUCCUACCAGCGGAGAAAUGGCCUCAGGUGCCACCCCCACAGCUGUGAAGAUUGGAAUAAUUGGUGGAACAGGCCUGGAUGAUCCAGAAAUCUUAGAAGGAAGAACUGAGAAAUAUGUGGAUACUCCAUUUGGCAAGCCUUCUGAUGCCUUAAUUUUGGGGAAGAUAAAGAAUGUUGAUUGCGUCCUCCUUGCAAGGCAUGGGAGGCAGCAUACCAUCAUGCCUUCAAAAGUCAAUUAUCAGGCGAACAUCUGGGCUCUGAAGGAGGAGGGUUGUACUCAUGUCAUAGUGACCACAGCUUGCGGUUCCCUGAGGGAAGAGGUUCAGCCCGGUGAUAUCGUUAUCAUUGAUCAGUUCAUCGACAGGACCACCAAAAGGCCUCAGACCUUCUAUGAUGGGAGCCAUUCCUGCGCCAGAGGAGUGUGCCACAUAUCAGCGGCUGAGCCAUUCUGCCCCAAAACGCGAGAGGUCCUCAUAGAGACUGCUAAGAAGCUAGGACUGCGGUGCCACUCGAAAGGGACGAUGAUUACAAUCGAAGGACCUCGUUUUAGUUCCCGGGCAGAAAGCUUCAUGUUUCGUACCUGGGGCGCAGAUGUUAUCAACAUGACCACAGUUCCAGAGGUGGUUCUUGCUAAGGAGGCUGGACUUUGCUAUGCAAGUAUUGCCAUGGCAACAGAUUAUGAUUGCUGGAAGGAGCACGAGGAAGUGGUUUCAGUGGACCGGGUUUUAAAGACUCUGAAAGAAAACGCCAAUAAAGCCAAAAGUUUACUCCUCACUACCAUACCUCAGAUAGGGUCCAUGGAAUGGUCAGAAACCCUGCAUAACCUGAAGACUAUGGCCCAGUUCUCUGUUAUAUUACCGAGACAUUAAAAUAGCCUGGCUGCCCAGAAGGCAAGAAGACUUUCUAAUUCUAGUCCUUUGGGGAAUUCCUGCUUGCUUUGAAAUGUGGAAAGCUUUCAUGCCCUUACCCGCUAAGGAAGAACAUGUGAUAAGACAAGACCAUGCCAAUGUGAAAGAUGCCUUCUGAAAGACGUGGACUGCUUCAAAAAACAAAAGGAGAGCAAAUGACAAGGAAAUGUGGAAAAAUUCCCGCACUUUAGAACAAAGAAGACACCAAUCGCCCUUCCCCCAUUAAAUUCAUAGCAAUAAAGGGUGGGAAGUAACAUUCAGUUUCCUAUGUGGCCAAGUGGGACUCUUGGACUAUUUAUUGUUGUCACUGUAAAUUGGUACGGUCUUUCUGGAGAGUGGUUUGGUAAAGUGUAUCAAAAGGCUUAAAAAUAUUUACACACUUUGUGCUGGUUUCUCUACUCCUUUUAUCUUUAAAACUUUAGAAAUGCACAUAAAGAAUUAUGUAUAAAGAAGGAUGUUUAAUACAGUGUCAGUUUUAAUAACAUUCAAAACAACCGUGAUAUCCAAAAAUUGGACAUAAGUUAUGCUUCAGCUCUAAUUAGAUUGUGAAGCAGCCAACUGAAGAUCAUGUGUUUAUAUAAUAUUUGACGUCCUAAAGAAUUGGCUGCUUGAUGAAAAAGGAUAUGUAAGCAUUUUACAGUCCUGAUUUUGUGUUAAAAUUCUACAUAAAUGUGCAAAAAGACGGGGAAGAAUUAAAAUCUUUUAUUGUACUUUGGGGGUACACUGGAUAAUUUUAAUUUUCUUUAUAUUUUUCUGUCUUCACAUUUUUUCCUACAUGAAUAUAAUCAAACAGUAAACUUACUUCAAAAAUAAAAAUUACUUAGAUCCAGUUGUUAAACACAUUAUUUCUGGUAAUGAAGGAAAAAUUAAGAUGAUACUAAGAGGAGUUCUUUUUGAGUUCCAUCUUUAUUUUGUUUAAAUAAUUUAAAAAUAAAAAGGGCCCUGGCUGGUGCGCCUCAGGGGAUUGAGCACCUGG